AUGGCCACCGCCGAGGGCGCACUCGCUGCUUCGACCUCGCACGGAUGCAAGGCGCUCAAUUCCGGCGAAGGUGACACUACCAUUGUCACCUACGAUGGCAUGAUCCGCGAACCUGCCAUCGACCUCCCGAACAAUGUGCAGGCCGCCGCCGCUCGCGUAUGGAUCGAGAACUCUGAGGGCCAUGCCAUUGCCAAGGAGGCCUUCGAGUCUACCCUCCCGCUUCGCUACGCUCCAGAGCGUCAAGUGUGCCAUGGCCGGUCACACGUUGCGCGUUCGAAGGCACUCGAGCUCUUGAGCAAGGAGUUCCCGGAGGUGGUCGUCCUCAUGCUUUCGGGCAGCUACUGUACAGACAAGAAGCCCGCCGCGAUCAAUUGGAUUGGAGGCCAUAGCAAGAGCAUCGUCGCCGAGGCCAUCAUUCCCGGCAAGAUCGUCAAGACUGUCUUGAAGACGACCAUCGAGGUGCUGUGCAACCUGAAUACCAAGAAGAGCGUCGUCAGUAGUGCGACGGCUGACUCGGUCGGAGGGUUCAAUGCCCAUGCAGCCAAUAUUCUGACCGCUAUCUCCCUGGCGGCUGGUCACGACCUUGCGCAGAACGUCGAGAGCUCUAACUGCAUGACAGUUGUGGAACCAACGAACAGCGGUGAAGAUCUACUUAUCGUCUCAAUGCCGUGCAUCAAAGUUGGUACCGUCGGCGGUGGUACCAUUCCCGCUCCCCAAGAAGCCGUCCUCGAUGUGCUUGGUCUCAAGAGCGCUCAUCAAGCGAAUCCUGGCCGGAACGCCCAACAGUUCGCCCGCGUCAUCACCACCGCGGCCAUGGCUGAUCAGUGCGCACGCCGCCGACCACCUUAUACGGGCACAUUUCGCUCACAGCCGCUCGCAACCGGACACGCUGAGCACGUCGCGGCCCGUGGCCCGUGGCCCGAUGACACCCGUUGGUUACACGUAGUCUCGCGGCCUGAGCUCACAAGCAUCACACUUCCUAGGUGCCCACUAUCGCAUACGGCGGGUCCGACGUCCCUUCUGGGUCGGCCCUCGCUGGAGUCGGCUAAGCUCAACGAGUCCCUGGCCCUCGUGGAGUUCCGGUUAUCAUCAUCUGUCAGAUCUUCAUCCACUAUCGCGCUCUGGACUCCGCCGUCUCCAAGUUCUGCAGCUGCCAACGGACAUGUAACCUCUGGGAUGUCUUCCGCAGAGGAGGAUGUUUGCGUCACCAAGCUCGACGAGAAGAGGUGUUCGCAGAACUUCAGGGGGAACGUGCUCGACACAGGCCCUGAGAUCGACGCCGGCAAGUUCAUCAGCCUGAUGUACCCUCGCAUCGGUGCGCCAUUCGACUUUGUUUAUUCAGUUGAUCGUCUCCUCGAGCCCCGAGGCAGCAGAGACCACAAGGGCAAUCCAUGCGAUACGUUAUUAAACGUGGCCUCACCAUGCUCGCCACGAUUGGUUGUUUCAAUGGUUUUGAGUCUCAUGUCCGCCGCUACUUCGUCCCAAGCAGCCGCGAUUCGGUGGAAGCAGCAGUCUAUUCCUAUGACAACGACUCCGUUCGUUGCCCUCUUCACCAGUGGCACCGGUCUAACCUAUUCCUCCGACAUCACGUUCGGUUCGCCGAUGUACUGGCUCUGGGAGAUCAUCAGUGCCCAGUUCCCCUGUGCCAACCUCUGCUUCGAAUACGACGAUAACUAG